AUGGGCGGCGGCGGUGGCGGUGGAGGAGGCUUCGACGAUGCCCUCCUUGCCAACUCCCAAGAGGCUGGAUUCAGCGGGUUGAUGAAGAACAAGAAGUCUCUGGGCUUGGCGAUGUUUGCCUCGCUCGGUGGUGUUCUGUACGGAUACAAUCAGGGUGUGUUCUCGAGUGUACAGGUUAUGCAGCGUUUCUUGUACCGUUUCCCAGCGAUGGGUGCAGAAGAUGGGACUACCCGUGGUCUUGUGACCGCUAUUCUCGAACUUGGUGCUUUCGUCGGAUCCCUCAUGGCCGGGCCCCUGGCCGACGUUUACUCGCGCAAAUACUCGAUCGCUGGAUGGUGCGUUGUCUUCAUGAUGGGUACAGCCCUACAGACUGGCGCUAGCAACCUUGACUGUAUCUGGGCUGGUCGGUGGUUCGCCGGUAUGGGUGUGGGCGCUCUCUCCAUGUUGGUCCCCAUGUACAACGCCGAGCUUGCUCCACCUGGUAUCCGAGGCUCGCUGGUUGCCCUUCAGCAGUGGGCCAUCACGUUCGGUAUCUUGAUUUCCUACUGGAUCGGCUACGGCACCAAUUUCAUCGGCGGUACUCAAUUUGACGCUGCCACGAUGACAGGCCAAUCGGAGGCAGCGUGGCGUCUCCCGCUUGCUCUGCAGCUUGUGCCAGCGGUUGUUCUCUGUGCGGGAACUUGGUUCCUGCCGUUCUCUCCCCGUUGGCUGAUGCUCAAGGGUCGCGAGGAAGAAUCUCUCGUCGGUCUCGCGAAACUACGGAGUAAGCCCGAAAAUGAUCCAGCGGUCCAAUACGAAUUCCGCGCAUUGCAGGCGGAGCGCUUAGUGGAGAGAGAGGCGGCCAAGGAGCGGUACGGUACCGAGGAAGUCAACUUCCACGUCAGUUUGAUGGAGUACAAGCGCCUCUUGACCACCCGCUCGCUUUUACACCGGUUGAUGAUCGGUGCGGGUGCCCAGGCUCUGCAACAGUGGACAGGUAUCAACGCCAUCAUUUACUACGCUCCUACUGUUUUCGAGCAGGUCGGUCUGUCCGGUGGAUCCAUCCCCCUCCUCGCAACCGGUAUCGUCGGUGUUGUCAACUUUAUCUUCACCAUCCCAGCCGUGCUAUUCGUCGACAACCUGCCCAGACGCUGGAUCCUGAUGUGGGGAGAGGGAAACAUGGCGAUCUCACAUGCAGUAUUGGCGGCAGUGAUUGCUGUCUAUGGUGGAAACCCGGGAGAGCAGUUCCGCAACAAAGCGGCCGGCAACGGAGCUGUAUUCAUGAUCUAUUGGUACAUCGCCAACUUUGCCGUCACUUGGGGUCCUUUGGCCUGGGUCGUCUCUGCCGAAGUCUUCCCGCUUGACAUGCGCGCCAAGGGGAUGUCUAUCUCAUCCGCCAUCAAUUGGAUCAUGAACUUCACCGUCGCCCUCACUACCCCGGUCAUGUUCCGCACCGUCGGUGUUCGUGGCUACGGUACCUACCUCGUCUUCAUGGCUUUCUGUAUCAUCGGAUUCCUCUACGCCUGGCUCCUCCUCCCCGAGCUCAAGGGGAAGUCACUCGAAGAAGUCGACGCUAUCUUCAAGGACACAAGCGGCGCCGAGGACGCCGCGAGGAGGGAGCGUAUCGCCAAGCAGAUCGGGCUCGACAAGGUCGCACAGGAGGUCAAGCACGAGGAGCACGGUGCGGGUGGCGGAAAGCGGUUUGGGAACGCUGAGAAGGAGGAGAGGCGAUAA